AUGCCGUGCCCGCAACCGAGCCACCUCCUCCCCACCUUAAAGGGGCUCGGGCGGCGGGCAGGGAGCUCGGUGGGCAUCGCUGAAGCGGGCGCAAAUAAAGGGGAAGCUGCACUGGAACGAGGGGGAGCCGUGGGUCAAGAUGAGUUGGGCAUCUGCCCCAAGGGUGUCACCUCCAACGUGUUUCGCUUCAACGUGUCGUCAGCAGAGAAGAACAGCACUAACCUGUUCCGGGCCGAGUUCCGGGUCCUGCGAGUGCCCAACCUAAGCUCCAAACGCGCUGAACAGCGCAUUGAGCUCUUCCAGAUCCUCCGGCCCGACGAGCACAUAGCGAAGCAGCGCUACCUCAGUGGCAGGAAUGUGCAGACACGGGGCUCACCAGAGUGGCUGUCCUUUGAUGUUACUGAGACUGUGCGCGAGUGGCUUCUGCACAGAGAGUCCAAUCUGGGUCUGGAGAUCAGCAUCCACUGUCCAUGCCACACUUUUCAGCCCAAUGGUGACAUCCUGGAGAACCUGCAUGAGGUGCUGGAGAUCAAGUUCAAAGGCAUUGAUAGCGAAGAUGACUAUGGACGUGGGGACCUGGGACGCCUGAAGAAGCAAAAGGACCUUCACAACCCCCACCUGAUCUUGAUGAUGUUACCCCCACAUCGACUGGAGAGCCCAGGUUUGGGAGGCCAGAGGAAGAGACGAGCCCUGGACACGAAUUACUGCUUCCGGAACUUGGAGGAAAACUGCUGUGUCCGCCCUCUUUACAUAGACUUCCGACAGGACCUGGGCUGGAAGUGGGUCCACGAGCCCAAGGGUUACUUUGCCAACUUUUGUUCGGGUCCCUGCCCAUACCUCCGCAGUGCAGACACAACUCACAGCACGGUGCUGGGUCUCUACAAUACGCUGAACCCUGAGGCAUCUGCCUCACCUUGCUGCGUUCCCCAGGACCUAGAACCUCUCACCAUCCUGUAUUACGUUGGGAGGACCCCCAAAGUAGAGCAGCUUUCCAACAUGGUGGUGAAAUCCUGCAAGUGCAGCUGAAAGGCAACCAGCCCCACCCAAAGUCGAGAGGAUCUGUCACUGCUCUCCCUCCUUCUUCCAGAGCACUAGGAAUAGAACCAGAGGGCCAGGGACCCCACGCACCCAGGCCUGGGCUUCCAACCCUGCAGCUGAGGAUGUACCAGCUCUCUAGGGAUCCAUUCUGGAGUGUUUUUGUGUCCUGUUGACUCAGUUUCCUUCCUUCUGGGAGUCAUUUUGGUGAUGUGAAGACUGUAUUCUCGAUAAAGGCUGGACGUUCAUGGGGGAAGAGGGACACUGAAUGGAGAAACUGCACUGUGUUUUGAAGCAUGGAUGGCUGAGAAAGGGAAGCAAGAGUGUGGCAAGAAUGGUCAAAAGUGGGGUAGGAAGACAGACUGGCCAGUGCUUCCUGCUCACACUACAGCUGUCCCCUGACUUCAGCCUGUUCCUCUAUUGUGAAGAAUUAGAAUUUCCUUCUGAAGGAAGAAAUUUAAAUUUUCUCUGAAAAAAGAGCGUUAACUGAGAAGAGGUUGAGAAAGGCACCCAGAAUCUUGCUCCUCAGAGCUUCUCAGGAUGGGCCUGUCCGAGAGGAGGGGAGAGCACGCUGACUCCAUUUGCAGAAUGGUUGAGGUUUCCUCUGUGUUUGCCAUACAGCUCCACUCCUUUCCUGGAAUUCCUGAUAGAUGGUUUCUGGGUCAGGGUGGGCACCACUGCUCCUGGGGUACCUGAAUUUUGGAUCCAUCCAGUUUGGGGUGAUUACCCCCAAAGGACUCUAUCUGUAUUGUGGUAUGUGAGGUGCUCUAGGGUAUUCAGUACCUCUCCUGCACAAAGACCUGGUCCAGGCCUUACCUGCCAAGGUUUUUAAAAAAUAUUAAUCUCAGAAACAUUGUAAAAAAUAAAUAUUUUGUGGGGGGAAACAAUCAUUUUCUCACCAGAAAAAUUGUCUGUUGAAAUAGUAGAGAUUUUAGCAUUUCAAA